AUGAAAGUAAGCAGGAGUAAGACGGAGUAUAUGUGUGCACAUGGGAGAGAUGGCGGGGAAACGAGGGGGCUGCAAGGUGGAGAGGUGGUGAACGUCAGUGAAUUCAAAUACUUGGGGUCAACCGUACAAAGGAAUGGAGAGUGUGGUAGAGAAGUAAAGAAGAAAGUGCAGGCUAGAUGGAGUCGGUGGAGAAGGGUGGCGGAAGUGAUGUGUGACAGAAGGGUGUCUGCAAGAAUUAAGGGGAAAGUCUACAAGACGGUAGUAAGGCCAGCCAUGUUGUAUGGUAUGGAAACUGUACCACUGACGAAAAGACAGGAGUGUGUGGUAGCAGAACUGAAGACGUUUCUCUUUUGGAGUGACGAAGCAGGACAGAAUUAG